AUGAAAUUAGUUGUUCUCCUAUACAUGAUGGAAACUGAAAUUCAGCAUAUAUUUAGAACUUUGAAACAGUUUUCCGACCGGAUUUUCGAGACACAAACAGUUCAAGUUACAUCCAAUUUUAAUUAUACGAAUUCUGGUAACACCGCACUCUUAAAAGAUGUAAUGAACCUUGAUGUUCGUUUAUUCGUUUGA